GAUGUUGCAUCUAUUAAUUUAACCUCGAUCAAUGUUUCUGUUAACAUUUUCAUCUGAUUGUGAAAUAUCAGCGUAAAAUGAUGGAGAGCUGCUCCAAAGGAAAAUGCAGAACGUGCAUGAACACGAUAACGGCAUUCGACACAAGCAUAACGAGUGCUCAAACGCAGCUCAUUCGAAAUCAAUUUCCCGACAUGGUCGUCGAUUUCGAUCAAAAUUCAAUUAUUUGCGCCAAUUGUGAUAGAUGUUUGACGGAUUUCCUCGAAUUAGUCGAAAAACUCCCACGUAUCGAGGAACAAUUGAAACUUGAGCAAUCAAUUAAAGUUCAUAAGGAUGAACGACCACCGGAAGAUUUGAGGGAAUAUUUGGAACAAUUUGAAGACAACUCAGAUUCUUUCACUUCUUUGGAGCAGCACCACCACCACCUUCUUCAAUCAGAAUCAAAGAGCGAAAAGAGAAUUCAGAGGUUCAAACAACAAAUUAAAGUGGAAAAACUGGAAUCUGUUCAAGAAUCUGAACACGACUACCACAAGAAAAGUAACUACGACAUCGUUACAAGCAGGUCGUUCAGUGCACCUUCACAUGCCUCACAUUUACUGUCGAUGAUUCUCGAUUCGAAUGACAAACAUUAUCAAGAACUCCUGUUGGAAUUCAAAAACGAAGGCGUUUCCAUAAACGACUGUUCAGAGAAGAAUCGGUCCGGCAAAAAACGUAUAAUUUUAAUAGGAAGCAACAAACGAGUGAAUUGCAUAAAAUGUGACAAAUGUGGCAAGAUGUUGGCCAACCAGACUAGAAUGAUGAAGAAACACAAGCUCACUUGUAAAGGCAUCUCGACCACCGUUUGUGAAUAUUGCUCGGAACAGUUCGAGAAGCCCUACGAACUGAUCGACCAUUUGACGACGGCACAUUUUCAGUGUGUCAGGUGUAAGAUCACGUUCGAAGACGGGAACGGUUUGAGAAAGCACAAAAAGACGGGCUGCAAGAAACCCAGCUGUAAAGAAUGCAAAAUUCGGUUUAACAAUCAUUCGCAGUUGCGGCAACAUAAAAUCCAAAUGCACGGAUUCGUACCGCAGAAGAAGUUGUCGCAAACGAAUCCGGAGAAGAGAGUGGUGUGCACCAUCUGCGGCAAAGACUUCAAAAACUCAUCGGUACUGUGUUUUCACAAAAAGGUCCACACUGAUCCGGUGGUUUGUUCGAUUUGUGGUAUCGUGUCGGCGAAUCAGCUCGCCCAUCGCAAUCACAACAAUCGUCACCACAAAGACAUCAAGUACCAAUGCGAUCUGUGCGGCAAAGUGUUCCGUUACAACGUCCUUUUGCGACGACACCGCGAACGUCGCCACGAGAACAAGGAACGUCCGGUACCUUGUGAAAUGUGCCACAAAAGAUUCUACACGUCCCGCGACCUGGACACGCACCUCAAAGUGCAUCACUUCAAAGUCGCCGUUUGCAGCUGCGAAAUGUGUGGCAAACAAUUCGCGAGACAAGAUUACUUGCGGAAUCACAUGAAAACUCACCACGAAUCCGAAUCUGGCAAAUCCGUACGCACCGGCGAGACGGGCGAAAGGAAACCGAAACGCAUUCGAAACGAGAGCAAAUCCUGCGAGGUGUGUCACAAAGAGUUUACGACGGUGCAGGCGUGCAACAUCCACAUGUGGCACCACAACAAAGUGCAGACGAAACCGCGACGUUUCCAGUGCUCGUUCUGCAGUCUCGUCUUUCACUCGAAGGUGGGAAUGCAGCGACACGAGAAAUUCCACUCGGGCGAUUUGAAAUACCGGUGUGACGUCUGCUAUGCGAAGUUCUCGACCGAAAUCGAGAUGAAAAUCCACGAGAGUCAGCGACACGAAGGCGAGAGGAACAAGUACGAGUGCGACUUGUGCGGCAGAAGGUUCGCCCGAAGGUUUAUAUUGGGCAAUCAUAUGCUUUCGUGUCACGGGAUCGACGCGGGGGAAUUCCGACAAGGCAACGUCGUCGAUGCUGCCGACGAGACGGCCGCGACGGCGGCAAUGGUCGUGGUGGAAGCGGAAGAGGGAGUGGAGUACAUCGACGAAACUACCGUUCACAGUUAUGUCUACGACUCACAGGAUGGAUUUUUAAAAAUUGAGGAACGCUAAAUUAACUGACCGACUGACUGACUGACUGA